CCUCCCGUUUCAUCAGCCUCGCUCGCUACGAAGUCAGCUAAUAACACGUAAGUUGUCAGCUCACCACCUUGCAUUCGCUCCUCUCUCCCUCCUAUUUCACGCCAAAGGAACAAGCACCACAUCACACAUAAUGCUCAGUAAACUCGGCACUAAGAUUGCGCUUCAGCGGGCCGGCCUGGGCAACAUCUCGCUGCCAUCCUUACCGAAGAACGAAGGCAAGGGCGGAGAAGGCGGGCAGGGCUUCGAGUUCUCAAACCCCUUCGCGAACGUACAAUGGGGGAAGGCAUUCAGCUCGUGGCAGGCGCCGGCGGAGGGAUACCCCGUGGCCGACCCGCCAACGAUCAACAUCCGCGCUCCAAGCAAUGCGAAACUGAGGUUCCCUCCCAUUGAUGGUAGACCAUGUGUGAUUCUGUUCCUCAGGUUCUGCGGAUGUCCCUUCACACAGAAACUCUUCCUCCGCAUGCGCUCCCUUGCAAACCGCCACACCGGCGUCCACUUCAUCGCCAUCUCACACUGCACACCCGAGGCGACCGCCGCUUGGACAAAAAAGAUCGGAGGCUCAUGGAACGUAGACAUGGUCAUCGACCAGCAGCGCGAGCUGUACGCGAUGUGGGGUCUGGGCGUGUCGAACUGGGGCCACGUGCUCAAUCCGCGUAAUGGCAUCAACCAGAUAAAACUGAGCAAGCAGGAAGGCGCGGUGUGGCAACCUGUAGGCGAGGGAGGCUGCAGGUGGCAGGUAGGAGGCGCAUACGCGGUAGAUGAGAGGGGCACCGUGAGGUGGGGUGCGCCCAUGCAGAGUGUAGACGAAGAUAUCAUGUUUGAAGAUGGCAUCAGAGCGCUAGGCUUUUCGGCGGCUGCGCCGGGCGUGUUCUGAUCCUUGUAAAAGGACAUUUGGCUUUGGGCUCUGGGCUUUGCGAGGCGUUUGUGUAGGAAGAUAUCCAUGCAUUUCAUGUGCGCAAUUUUAGUAUGAAGGAU